ACAGAAAAACAGAUGGAGGCGCCACCUCGACCAGAACUGUUUGACUUCCAUGGUGUCUACAUGACAAAAUACUUCACUGACAACUGGGAAAACGUAAAGAACUUCAAGGCCAAACCAGAUGAUAUUGUCAUAGCUACUUAUCCUAAAUCAGGAACCACAUGGGUCUGCUACCUCUUGGAUCGCCUGUACUUUGGAAAGACGUAUCCAGAGAAAGACACAUCCCUCCCUCUGUAUUUGAGAGUACCAUUUCUGGAGCUGUGCAUCCCUGGUCAUCCCAAAGGAAAAGACCUGGCAGACCAGCUAACGAUCACUCCUCGUCUCAUUAAGACUCAUCUGCCAGUCCAGCUUGUACCAGAGACAUUUUGGGAGCACAACUGUAAGACAAUCUACGUUGCUCGAAACCCUAAGGAUGUUGUAGUGUCUCACUUCCACUUUAGCCGCAUGAACAGCAUCCACCCUGCACCAGGAGACUGGGAUGGGUUUCUGGAAAGAUUCAUGGAGGGCAAAAUGGCAUAUGGAGCCUGGCAUGAGCAUGUGGUUGGCUGGUGGGGGAAGAAGCAAACGUAUCCAAAUCUACAUUAUAUAUUCUAUGAAGAUUUGACUGAGAAUUUGGGACGUGAGAUUGACAAGCUGUGUCGUUUCCUUUGUGUUUCUCCCUCAACUGAGGAGAAAGAAAGCAUCAUGGAGGCUGUGAAAUUUGAAAAUAUGAAAGGCAACAAACUGACCAACUUUGCCAAUGCCCCCUUAAUGAAUCUGAAGGAGUCUCCUUUCAUGAGAAAAGGGAAGGUUGGUGACUGGAAGAAUCAUUUCACUGUGGCACAGCGUGAACAGUGCGAUGAGCACUACAAGCGGAAAAUAAAGUCACCUGGAUUGCAGUUUCGCACUGAAGUUUAAGGCUUGGACCGGGAAAACAAACCAGGAUUUUUUUCUUCGGCUAAAGAUAUCGAGUCAGGCUGCACGAUCAAGCUCUUUCAG